GGGGUCAGAGGGACCUGGAGAGGCUCUGGCCGACCUGGGGGGCUCUGGGGUACCUGUGGAGCCCGGGUGUGGCUCUGGGGGUGUUGAUGAGCCUGGGGGGGAGGGAGACUUUAAGGGUCUCCAGUAAAGCGUGUGACUUCACCCCCCACAGCCGCCCCCUCGCACUGACCUUCGCGGCGGCAACGAUACGGGACGGCGGGGCCGGGGGUUCGGCGGGGAGGAGCAAGUACCAGAAGAAGGAGCGGGCAGCGGCGCUGCAACACGCCCAGCAGGAAUUCGGCACCGUCCCCCACUCCUUUGUCUUCCACCGCGGCCGCAUCGGUAAGAACGUGGGGCAGCUCAUUGCCGACGUGCGGAAGGUGAUGGAGCCCUACACUGCUAGGGCCCUCAAGGUGCGGAAAAAGAACUCCUUGAAGGAUUUUGUGGCCGUGGCUGGGCCCCUGGGGGUGACGCAUUUCUUGGUCUUCAGCAAAUCAUCCUCCAGCAUCAACUUUAAACUUUUCCGGCUGCCUGGUGGCCCGACGCUGACAUUCAAGGUGAUGCAGUAUUCGCUGAUCAAGGACGUGGUCUCGUCCCUCAAGCGGCACCGCAUGCACGAGCAGCAGUUCACCCACCACCCGCUUCUGGUCCUCAGCAAUUUUGGUCUCCAGCAGAUCCAGGUCAAGCUGAUGGCCAGUAUGUUCCAGAACAUGUUCCCCUCCAUCAAUGUCCACAGGGUCAACCUCAACAAUAUCAAGAGGUGUUUGCUCAUCACCUACGACGCGGAGACACAGCUCCUCGAUUUCAGGCAUUACAGUGUGAAGGUUGUGCCCGUGGGCGUGAGCAAAGGCCUGAAGAAGCUGCUACAGGAGAAGUUCCCCAACAUGAGCCGCCUGGAAGACAUCAGCGAGCUGCUGGUGAAAGACAUAAACCUGUCAGAGAGCGAAGCCGAGCAGGACGGGACCCACAAUGUCCUGGAGCUGCCGCAGGCGUACGCCGGCCGAGGCAACAUGAAGGCGCAGCAGAGCGCCGUGCGCCUCACCGAGAUCGGACCCCGCAUGACUCUGCAGCUCAUCAAGGUGGAGGAGGGCCUGGCACAGGGCAACGUGCUCUACCACAGCUUCAUCCACAAGAUGGAGGCGGAAGUGAAGGAGAUCCUGGCACGGAAGGAGGCGAAGCUGCAGCUGAAGGCACAGCGGCGGCAGAAGCAGGAGGCGGACGUGGAGCGCAAGCGGCGGCAGCGCGAGGCUCACAGGGAGAAGAGCCUAGCGGGGAUCCGGAGGAAACGGCAGCAGGAUGGCGACAGCGACGCCGAGGAUCCCGGUGCGCCAGAGCAGGAUGUGGCCGAGCAGUCAGAGGAGAGCGACGCUGAGUAUUACCGGCAGGAGGUGGGCGAGGAGCCGGACAAAGAUCUGUUCCCUGACCGCACCAAGAGGAAGCGAAGCUCCUCAGGCGCUGCCCCGCUGCGGAAGCGACGGCGGCAAAGCCGGACAGGGCAUCCCACUGCCGCUGCCACCCCCAGCCCUCGCCCCACGGCGCCAGGGAAGCGACAAAAGGGAGACCUGGUGCCCAGGGACUUGCGGCACCGCGGCGGGGCCAGGAAGGGGGUGGCCGGCCGAAAGCUGCACCGAGGAACCAAGCACCCAGCCCGGGAGAGAGCUGGUCCCAGCUCCAGCCGUGCCACCUCGAGGCCGAAGGGGCGAGGGAAGGUGCUGACCAAGGGGAAGACGAUUUUCCAGCGUCCCAGACGUGCCAAGAAGGGGAAGCAGUGGCCCUUUCUGUGCCACCCUGAUGCGCCACGUUGUGCCUCUUCGCCGCCUGCAGCCGCCAAAAAAGGGGAGACGCACACCCCGGGAGGAACCCCCGAGAUGGCCACCCAUCUCGGUCACUGCGGUAACUUCAGCAGCUUCCAGGAAUCGCUGUGGCCGGUGCUGGCGGUGCAAUUCCCGCUGGCGCUGGGGGGUAACGGCAUGGCCGUCUACCGUUUCGCCACCCACGAACGCUCCUGGCACAGCGGCAUCGUCCUCUCCUUCCACUUGGCCGUCAGCGGGAUGCUCUACUCCCUCUCGCUGCCGUUUCUGGUGGUGUAUUACUACCCACCUAAGCACUGGCGCUACGGACUGGUGCUGUGCAAGCUGGAACGUUUCCUUUUCAACUGCAACCUCUACGGCAGCAUCUUCUUCGUCACCUGCAUCAGCCUCAAUCGCUGCCUCGGCAUCGUUUACCCGCUGCAGGUUCACGGGCGGCUGCAGCCACGCCACAUCAAGGUGCUGAGCGCGGUCAUUUGGGUGCUGGCCGGGGCGCUUUCAGCACCCACCUUAUUUUUUACGGAGCUGCAAGAAGUGGAGGGUGCGGUCGAGUGUUUGGGGAGCGCGGCCCCACAGCGGCUGCCGGAGUUUUAUCCCUACAGCCUGCUAAUGGCGGGGCUGAGCUGCGGGCUGCCGUUCCUGCUCACCGCCUCCUGCUACGCCGCCAUUAUCUGCACUGUUUUCCGUAAUCCUCACCUCAGCUGGCCGGAAAAGCGGAAGGUGGGAAUGCUGGUGGGGACGGGAGUGGCUCUCUACGCCUUUUCCUACCUGCCCUACCACAUUUUCCGUAACCUCAAUUUGGGACGUCGCCUGCUGCGACCGGGCACGGAGAACUGCGCCGUCUCCAGAGCCAUCCACGCUACUGCUCAGAUCUGCAAGAUCCUCGUUAACCUCAACAUCUGCCUCCACCCGCUGCUCUACGCUGCCCUGGCCGACAGCAUGCAGAGCUGCUGCGGUGCCAGGCGCGGCGCUGGCACCACCGACGGGGAGCGGGCUGAGCACGUGGAGCUGCAGCCGGCAGCCUAGGAGCACCCCCAGGAUGGCCCAAGGCAGCUGGUGCAGCCAUA